AUGCCUGCACGAAAAAAAGACAGCAGAGCUGCAAGGCGGCCUGCAAAACAAGCUGAGUCUACUCCACCAAGAAGUCCGUCUCCACCGGCGAGCCGAUCAGCAUCACCGUCUAUGCUUCCGGCGUUGCCACCUUCGCCAGCCGUAUCACCGUCACCGAGUAUAGCAAGCCUGCGAUCGAGCACUCCUGCGCCACCAACAGUGUCGACUCUUACAAAAAAUGCCAGCGGUAUUGUUGAGGAGCGCAAAGAAGACAUCAAAGGUCGAGAGGACGAAGCAGCAUCUCCUGAGAACACUCCGUUGAAAGACAUAGAGGUUCUGAAGGGAGCCGAAUCUUCAGCUAGCGAUAGCUUUCAGACUUCGUUAGAGUUCAGCGAAGCUGAGGAGCCGACUGCUGGCGCAGCCUCUUCAACAACAUGCGAGGGUCCCGCGGCCGUACCCGGACCCGAUGCCGCAGAUAGCGGCGAGAUACAUCUAGGCGCCGAAGGUGCUGAGAUUGAAGAGAAGGAUCUUGCAUCUGUCGUCGAUCCUUCCACAGAUGCCCCGUCUGCAGAAGUCAUCGUGGAGCAUGGCUUAGAGGAACCAGCUGAGGGAAUAGCGGCCAGCGGCAGUGAAAGCCCAGACCAGCCUGAGUAUCCGGUGCCUGACGCCCCUCCAUCAGAAGUCGCCGCAAACAAGCCCGAAGCCAACACUGAGCGCGCCACAACCAGAGGGAAUGAUUCAGAAAAGCAAACCCCUCCGAUUCCUGCACCUCAGAUAGCCAAUCUGCCACAGACCCCAUUAACAUCAAUGUCUGCUCCUCGCUCGCAGUCCCCCGACCAGCAUCCGCACUCUGCUCCAGUUCAGCCCUUUGCGCCUUUACCAAACUCGAGCUACCUGCCACAACACUUCUAUCAGCCAAGCCCAACGCCCUUGCCUCACGCAACUGUGCUUAGUAACGGUUUUCCUUAUGGCACCACGAAUGGCAUGUCGAGUGGUCCUGCUUAUUCGCUACAGCCUCAAUACGCACCACCAUCACACUCAGCACCCUACCGAAGUUUCAGCUCACCGUUUAGUCUCUACGGAAGCACUCCACCGAUGCAACCGCACGUCAGUAUUGACGUGAGAGCAGUUUCGCCGGGCGAAUUUAGCAUAUCGCAACGAACAAAUGGAAACAGCACCGCAUUUCCAGGUGACGCAGGAGAUCUGCUCUCACGGAUCUCCUCCACAAUUCCUGACCUACACCUCCUUCUGUCUUGUUAUAACGAGGCACAAGCCCAGCUUGGUGUUCGCGAAGAGCUCCUUCGGAAAGCGUUGGCUCAACAUGCCGAUCUGAUGAAGCGCAAGGAAGAUUAUAUUGACACGCUUACAAGGCAACUGGACCAUGCAAUGAAGCAGCAUGAGAGUACGACCAAGGCUCACGAGGCGGAGAGCAACAGAUUGCGGCUACAACUCGAUAGGUCGGAGGAAAAAACGAAGGAGUUCGAGGACCGUGUCAAUGAGGCCGAGACUAGUAGGAAAGGUCUGCAGGAAGACAUUUGUGCGCUUGAAUCUCAGAGAGUGUCACUUGAGGGGGAGAAAGCCGAUGCCGAGGCGGCUUUUGUUGAGGAAAGGAAGCGAAUGUUGGAAGAUUUCGAAGACUGGAAGACAAGAGCAAAGGAGGACUUCGAUAUGGAGAAGCUAAAUCUCACAGCGGGGCUUGAAAAGAAACAGAAAGAGCAAGAGGACACGUUUGAGAUACGACUGUUGCAGGCGAAUGAUGCACAUACCAAAGAGAAGGACGCCCUUGAUGAAGGCUUUGCAAAGCAGAGGAAUGAUCUUGAAGCAGAGUUUAACAGGAAAAUAGAUACAAUGCGCAUAGACACCGACCGACAGAAGGAAGAAUUCGAGGCCAAGCUCGACACCAUGCAGCACGAGCUUGAAGCUGCUGCCAAAAGGGAACAGGACAGCCGAGAAGCCUGGAUCACGGAGAAGGACGACUUGACAAGAGCCUGGGACGAAGAGCGAACGAGAGCUAGCCGAGACAUGGAAGAGCAGCGGCAGUGUCUUACGGCAGAGAAGGAACAAGAGAAGAGUGGCGUCCAGCGCUUCUGGUUAGAGCUUCAAGCUGACCUUACAAACAAGUGGGAGGCUGAAAAGGAAGGCUUGAGAAACGAGAUAGCGACCCUCAAGAAAGGAUGGGACGAGGAUCGCGAAACCUUUGAUCGUGCAGUCGGCGAGCUCAGAAGCGUUACCGAGAAUUUAGGCGUGGAGAAGGGUCGGCUGCAGAAGAUAGUUGACAGUUUCGGAGAAGUUAUGGAUGUCAAGAGCAAGGGGGAUGCAUACUACAUCGACGCCUUCACACAGCUCUCCACGCUAAUCCUGGAUCUGUCGGCCACCCACUUUCAGCAUCUUCCGACCUCUCCACCGGCGGAAAACGUCGCUUGUGUCCCACCAAACCUCCCUCCCUUCCUUGACAACACGCCGCGGUCUCGCCACCUUCGCUUAGCUUACGUAGCUCACGUAGUUUCUAGCCUUCUGACCUCCCGUGUCUUCACACCGUUCCUGUUCAGCCUAGGCGAACGUUAUGACAACGCCGAUGGUCUGUUCAGCGCGAUGUCCAAUCAGCUCAGAGGAAAGAGCACCAGGAAAGAAGCAACUUGGAGGCAGCAUACGCUCGUUGCCGCUUUUACAACGACCGAUGCUAAGGAGCGAAUUAACGCCGCCGCCGGAGCAGUCGUUGAAGAGAUCGUGGGCGAGCUUAGGCACUGGGCCGAUCCGGGCGAAGAAGAGGCAAUCCGAGUAGCUGUGAGGCGGAUCGUCAAGCUCGCCGCGGAGACAUGGAGGCUUGCGAGAUUGGAGCGGGAGAUGAUCACUGCGCGGAUGCCCGCGACCGACGAGAAGGCCAAGGAGGAUACAGUUGAUGGGCUUUGGCCUGCCCAGGUGUUUGACACGUCAACACCGGAGGCCACAUUGCAGGCGCCUACCGAUGGAGAAUCUCACACUCGGCCAAAGCUGUUGCUCCGGCUGAUCCCUGUGAUACACCGGGAGGCUAUACAUCCGGACUUUCAACUUACAGAGCAGGAUAAAGAGGACAAAGGUUGCGUAUACUGCCCAGGUUUGGCCCUCUACGAUGACGCCGUGCCAUUCCAUGCAUAUGAAGAGCAUCUAGGCCUUCCUGAUAGCGCAGCACCAGUCGAACCGUUAAAUCCUGCUCCAGUGAGCGAAGAAACGACUCCCGCAGUGGCUUCACCGCCACCAUCGCUACCACCACCACCAGUAUCAGCCCCUGCUGAUCCACCUCCCCUGAAUUCGGCCCCGAAACCCGACGAACCCACUACGCCCUCCCUUCCUUCGUCUCCACGUCCGGCUUCGCCCCUAUAUCCCAUCACGGAUGAAAUCGACGCUCAAGCCAACCGCUCCAUCCGCGGUCCGCCCCUCAGCAGACGCAGCACCUUCACCGCCUCCAUCACCAGCGAAACCCGCAGCAGCAGUAACAGCAACCGCACACUCGACAGGCGCGCCUCAGGUGGUACCGGCAUACCUCGCAGCGCGGCUAUCAAGGGACUUUAUCGCCGGCCUGGAGCGUGGGGAGCGGAGGGGCUGGCUAUUCAGCGGCGGGCUUCUGGGUUGGGGGAGGGAGGAAGUCGGAAGGGCACUGAGACUGGGGGGAGUGUCAGAAGUAAGGAGAGCUGGGAGAGUUGGGGUAGUAGUGCUAAAACGGCGGAGGAAGGUAGGGACUAG